AUGAAGGUUCUCUCCUCUGUGCUCGCACUGGGCCUCGUGGCUUCGGCCAACGCUUGGCUUCAACAACCGUCCGGAACGGCAUCUUUCACGUUCUACAGCGGCUGUGGUCAAGCAGCCUGCGGCAAGACUGCAAACGGCUUCACGGCGGCGAUCUCGCAGCUCACUUUCGGUAGCUCUCCUGGUCUCGGUGCCGGUGACGUUUGCGGCCGCUGCUUCUCUAUCACUGGCAAAGCCGACCCGUACUCACCUUCUUUCGGUGGCCCAUUCAAGACGAUCAUCGUCAAAGCCACCGACAUGUGUCCGGUCAACGGCAACUCGGAGUUCUGCGGUCAAACUUCGUCAAACCCCACCAACACCCACGGCGCCUCCGUCCACUUCGACCUAUGCCAGGACACCGGAGCGGACCAGGCAUUCUUCCCGUCAGGCCAUGGCGCUCUUACUGGUACUUUCCAGGAGGUCUCUUGCUCCCAGUGGUCGGGCUCGGACGGCGGUGUCCUCUGGAACGGCGGCUGCCUCUCUGGCGAGUCCGCUGGCCUUUGGCCCGGCACGACUGGUUGCGGCAACAAGGGCUCGUCCAUCUGA